GCAGCGCGAGGAGCAGUCCAGAGAGGAGAGCCGAACAGAGACAACAGGAGAAAGUGAACAAGAAGAGUGAAGAGAAAAAGGCGAAAAACAUCUGGAUUAUUAACCGAGAAAUCUCAAAAACAGUCCCGUCACAUGCAGUGAGAUAUAAAACUGACAGGAGUUCAGUCCUGGGAGAUACUGGAGAGACAUACCGAACAAUAUUCCCUGCAACUCCUCACUUAAAGACGGCUGCAUACACACCCGAGCCCCUCUGCUCACAGUUAUUUGCUUUUUUGUUGGCAAACCGGUAGUUUGCACCGGCUCUUCUCCAUGUAUAAAAUGGAUUACUCCUACCUGAACUCAUAUGACUCCUGCAUGGCGGCCAUGGAAGCUUCGGCCUACGCGGACUUCAGCUCCUGCAGCCAGGCCAGCUCCUUCCAGUACAACCCGAUCCGGAGCGGACCCUUCUCCAACCCGGGCUGCACCCCCCUCAGCACGGCCAGCUGCACCCUGGGAGCCCUGCGCGAGCACCAGCCCACACCAUACUCCUCAGUCCCUUACAAGUUUUUCUCGGACCCUUCCGGCCUGAACGAGAAGAGGAAGCAGCGGCGCAUCAGGACCACCUUCACCAGCUCCCAGCUGAAGGAGCUGGAGAGGGUCUUUGCCGAGACGCACUACCCGGACAUCUACACCCGGGAGGAGCUGGCGCUGAAGAUAGACCUGACCGAGGCCAGGGUUCAGGUGUGGUUUCAGAACAGGCGUGCUAAGUUUCGUAAGCAGGAGCGUGCAGCCAACUCAAAGGCCAACAACUCAAACGGCACUACGGGCAGCAGCUCCAGCAGCAGCUCAGGAGGGAAGAAGGGCGGAGAGCUGAGAUCUUCAUCCGAUGAUGACGAGUCCAAAGAGUCUACCUGCAGCCCCACGCCUGACAGCACGGCCUCCCUGCCGGGCUCGGCAAAUGGGAACAUGGGCAGCCCUGCCAGCCUGAGCCCCAGCCCGGCUCCUGCCAACAUCGGCUACAUCAACGCCUCCAACUCUCCGGUGCUGCAGGGGCUGAAGCCGCCCAGCUGGUCCAACCUCGGGCCCUCCAACCCAGCCGUGGCCCAGCCCGCCACCCAGACUCAGGAGAUUCUGAAGGCCUGGCAGCCGGCAGACAGUAUGACCGGGCCCUUUGCCGGAGUCCUGUCCUCCUUCCACAGAAAACCCAACCCCAACAUCAAGACGAACCUGUUCUGAAGCCCAGAGGAAGAGGAAAUGAGAAACAAACAUUAUGCUGUCCACUGGAACAGUGAGGAGUUUCUAGCUUUUGUUGAGAGUCAGGACUUACCCAUUAUAACGCUGAAUUCACAGGUGUAGGCCCUUGGUUCUUCUCUAUAAAACUAUCCCGUCAAAUUCAAAGCUCACAUAGUAAAGUCAAAGGUCAGGUCACCAUCUCUAAACAGAUUAUGCAACUGCUACUGCAAAACUCGGAACAUGGUCCAUUUCCUUCCUUCUAUAACUUCCUUCAAUUUCAUCCAAAAAUCCAUUCAUACGUCCUCAGAUAAACUUAAAAGACAGUAUUUAAUGAUGGAACGCUCUUUGUGUACAGGCUCUGAAACAGCGCAAACUUUCGGACACAGUCUUGUUUCCUCUUCGUCUUUUCAGUCCUUCACACAUAAACCCACAUUCCCACACUCUCUGCAUUGCAACAGAGCCUUGGACAGCCUGAGCAGCGGCUCAGGAAUCAAAACAAACAAACUUUCACCCUCAAGCACAACUCGACACAGUCUCCCAGCAGAAGGGAACAGGGUCCCCUUAAAUCUCUUUGCCGAGCAGAGCAAAGCACCCCACAAAGCCAAUUAGAGCUGCAGGCUCCAAAUACAACACCUCCCCAGUUCAACCCUUCCUCUUUACUGUAUCAAGUCCUGACUCUCCCUCUACCAUCCUCAAUGUGACCCCCUCACUGGUCCCUUCCCUUCACUCCGGCCUUUCUCUAUCAGACAGUGGGUACUUUGUACUUUGUUUAAAUUAAUCAAGCGAAUGUUGAGGGAGAACUUAAGGCACGGUGCCGUUUCCUGCCUGUUCUCUUGGUGGAGAGGGGUGAAAGAUGUAAUAAUACACAGAGCAGAGUUUACCCACAAUCUAAUUAAAACUGACUACAACUGGUUUCUCACUUUCAUCACUGACUGAAGAGUUCUCUGGUGAUUCUCCUGCUGGAGAUUGGAAAGCACUGACUUUGUUGAGUCUGUUUUACAAACUCAAACAGACCUAAAACCCUUCACUGACUUUGACUCUCUCAUGAGUUUUCCAUUAACUCUACAAAGGCUGACACAUAUGGGACAAUUUUCUCAGUAAUGCAAAGCAAGCUGGUCUAAUGUUGGCAAUAUAAAGAGAGAUGCAGACAGUUACGGGACUUUUCUACUGUGUAUCCAUUGAUUCCUCGAUUUUGUUUCUGUUUACGUCCAUCCCUUUUUGCAAAAAAGCAGCAGUUUGUUCUUUCUCUCACCUUGCAAAAUUGCUUGUGUAUCAUCUAUCUUUCUUUUUGUAGCUAAUCACUGAAACAAGACUGAUUUCAGAGCGGACCUUUUGAAGAAAGACUCCAGAAAUCUACUUAAAAGGGGAAAAAACAUGUAUUUAUUAAUAUUCUUUAUUAUGUCAGUGAGGAAACCCACACAUUUCUUUGAACUGCUCCAUGACAUUUUGUGACUGUAAAUUAAUAAUAUAAUAAAUAUUAGGUAGCUUUUUGUUGAUUUCUCUCAUGUUGCUUUAAAGAGUUAUUUCAUUGCGGAGCAUCUGUCCCACAGACCGACACGUCCAUGAAAACUAUGAA